GUUUGUUGUAAUGCAUAACUGAUUUAGCACACAACUCCCUCUCUCAGAAUAGUAUAAAUUACAAAUCUUAGGGGCAUUGUCCAUUCCCUUGGCCAUAAAAGACAAUCCCUCUAGUCUCUUAGGCUCAAUAUUACCAGCUAUAAAAAUCCUUGAAUAUGACAACAAAGACAUCCUGGAAACUAACCAGUUUGCUCAUUCUCUUUACAUUCUUGACUUGUUCUUUCUCAUACACAUUCACCAUCAUCAACAACUGUCCACAAACUAUAUGGCCUGGCACACUUGCAGGUUCAGGGAGUCCUCCACUUGCAACAACCGGAUUCCGGUUGGACACGGGUCAAAGCAUCAAACUCACGACUGUCCCAGGUUGGUCAGGACGGAUAUGGGCAAGGACUGGUUGUAAAUUUGAUGCGGCCGGAGUUGGCAGAUGCCAAACAGGUGACUGUGGAGGAAGGCUGGAAUGUGAGGGAAAUGGUGCUGCUCCUCCUACCUCACUGUUUGAGAUAACACUUGGUGCAGGCAAUGGACAAGACUACUAUGAUGUUAGCAUGGUAGAUGGUUACAAUUUGCCAUUACUCGCUCUACCACGAGGUGUACAUGGUGGUGCCUGUAAUGCGACAGGUUGUAUUACUGAUAUUAACAGAGGUUGCCCAGCAGAACUUCAAGUAUUAGGAGGUGUCCAAAAUCAAGGGGUAGUGGGGUGUAGGAGUGCUUGUGAGGCAUUCAAGUUGGAUAAGUACUGCUGCAGUGGAGAAUUUGCAAAUCCAAAUACAUGCCAGCCUUCAUAUUAUUCAACCUUAUUCAAGAAGGCUUGUCCAAGAGCUUAUAGCUAUGCGUUUGACGAUGGCACCAGCACUUUCACUUGCAAAGCAUACGAAUACGAUAUUGUUUUCUGUCCCAACAGCAACGGAAUCGGAAGACCAAAUCCUGCAUCUCCACCUCCACCAAUUAGACAGCCCUAUUGGAAGCAUCACCAGGUCACUUCCUCAACAAAUAUUUUAUUACCCUUUCCAGCGCCAAUCUUUCUCUUGGUUCUCACUCUUACUUUCUUGGCAUUUGUAACACACGGCAAAUGA